CACGGAGAGCGUGCGGGCGGCCGCUGCGGGAGCCCGGGUGUGCGCCUCCCGGCGCCAUGCUUCUGCUGGGCAUCUUAACCCUGGCGCUCGCCGGGGGACCCGCGGGCGGCUCAGAGCCAGAGCGGGAGGUGGUGGUGCCCAUCCGACUGGACCCGGACAUCAACGGCCGCCAGUACUACCGGCGGGGUCCCGAGGACCCCGGGGAUCAGGGGCUCAUUUUUCAGAUCACGGCGUUUCGGGAGGACUUCUACCUACACCUGACGCCGGAUGCUCAGUUCCUGGCUCCCGCCUUCGCCACUGAGCAUCUGGGUGUCCCCCUCCAGGGGCUCCCCGGGAACUCGCCAGACCUGCGACGUUGCUUUUACUCCGGGGACGUGAACGCCGAGCCGGAUUCCUUCGCUGCCGUGAGCCUGUGCGGGGGGCUACGCGGCGCCUUCGGUUACCGAGGCGCUGAGUAUGUCAUUAGCCCGCUGCCCAACGCCAGCGCGCCGGCGGCGCAGCGCAACAGCCAGGGCGCACACCUCCUCCAGCGCCGCGGCGCCCCUGGCGGGCCUCCCGGGGAUCCCACCUCCCGCUGCGGGGUGGCUUCAGGCUGGAACCCCGCCAUCCUGCGGGCUCUCGACCCUUACAAGCCUCGGCGGACCGGCUUAGGGGAGAGUCGCAGCCGGCGCAGGUCUGGGCGCGCCAAGCGCUUCGUGUCCAUCCCGCGGUACGUGGAGACACUGGUGGUGGCGGACGAGUCAAUGGUCAAGUUCCACGGCGAGGACUUGGAGCAUUAUCUGCUGACGCUGCUGGCCACCGCGGCGCGACUCUACCGCCAUCCCAGCAUUCUUAACCCCAUCAGCAUCGUCGUGGUCAAGGUGCUGCUUCUCGGAGACCGCGACGCUGGGCCCAAGGUCACAGGCAACGCAGCCUUGACGCUGCGCAACUUCUGUGCCUGGCAGAAGAAGCUGAACAAAGUGAGCGACAAGCACCCCGAGUACUGGGACACCGCCAUCCUCUUCACCAGGCAGGACCUGUGUGGGGCCACCACCUGUGACACGCUGGGCAUGGCCGAUGUGGGCACCAUGUGCGACCCCAAGAGAAGCUGUUCUGUGAUCGAGGACGAUGGGCUCCCAUCAGCCUUCACCACUGCCCACGAGCUGGGCCACGUGUUCAACAUGCCCCAUGACAAUGUGAAAGUGUGUGAGGAGGUGUUCGGGAAACUCCAAGCCAACCACAUGAUGUCCCCAACGCUCAUCCAGAUCGACCGUGCCAACCCCUGGUCAGCCUGCAGCGCCGCCAUCAUCACUGACUUCCUGGACAGUGGGCAUGGAGACUGCCUCCUGGACCAGCCCAGCAAGCCCAUCGCCCUGCCCGAGGACCUGCCGGGUGCCAGCUACACCCUGAGCCAGCAGUGCGAGCUGGCCUUUGGGGUGGGCUCCAAGCCCUGUCCCUACAUGCAGUACUGCACCAAACUGUGGUGCACGGGCAAGGCCAAGGGGCAGAUGGUGUGCCAGACCCGCCACUUCCCCUGGGCGGAUGGCACCAGCUGCGGCGACGGCAAGUUCUGCCUCAAGGGGACCUGUGUGGAGAGACACAACCUCAAUAAGUACAAGGUGGAUGGCUCCUGGGCCAAAUGGGAGCCCUACGGCCCCUGUUCCCGCACCUGUGGCGGGGGAGUGCAGCUGGCCAGGAGGCAGUGCAGCAACCCCACCCCUGCCAACGGGGGCAAGUACUGCGAGGGAGUGAGGGUGAAGUACCGAUCUUGCAGCCUGGAGCCCUGCCCCAGCUCAGCCUCUGGCAAGAGCUUCCGGGAGGAACAGUGUGAGGCCUUCAAUGGCUACAACCACAGCACCAACCGGCUCACCCUCACUGUGUCAUGGGUGCCCAAGUACUCAGGUGUGUCUCCCCAGGACAAGUGCAAGCUCAUCUGCCGAGCCAACGGCACCGGCUACUUCUACGUGCUGGCACCCAAGGUGGUGGAUGGCACGCUGUGUACCCCCGACUCAACCUCAGUCUGCGUCCAGGGCAAGUGCAUCAAGGCCGGCUGCGACGGACACCUGGGCUCCAAGAAGAAGUUCGACAAAUGUGGGGUGUGUGGGGGAGACAAUAAGAGCUGUAAGAAGGUGACAGGACUCUUCACCAAGCCCAUGCACGGCUACAAUUUCGUGGUGGCCAUCCCUGCAGGCGCCUCGAGCAUCGACAUCCGCCAGCGCGGCUACAAGGGGCUGAUUGGCGAUGACAACUACCUGGCCCUGAAGAACAGCCACGGCAAGUACCUGCUCAACGGGCACUUCGUGGUGUCGCCGCUGGAGCGGGACCUGGUGGUGAAGGGCAGUGUGCUGCGCUACAGUGGCACGGGCAUGGCGGUGGAGAGCCUGCAGGCCACCCGGCCCAUCCUGGAGCCCCUGACCGUGGAGGUCCUCUCGGUGGGGAAGAUGACGCCUCCGCGGGUCCGCUAUUCCUUCUAUCUGCCCAAAGAGCCUCGGGAGGACAAGUCCUCCCACUCCAAGGACCCCCGGGGAUCCUCCGUGCUCCACAACAGUGUCCUGAGCCUCUCCAACCAAGUGGAGCAGCCGGAGGACCGGGCGCCCGCGCGCUGGGUGGCGGGCAGCUGGGGCCACCGGCCCGCGGAGACGCGCGCCUGUGGGGACCCCUGCCCGGCCUGGGAGCUCGGCGCCUGGUCGCCCUGCUCCAAGAGCUGCGGCCGGGGCUUUAAGAGACGGCCACUCAAGUGCGUGGGCCACGGAGGGCGGCUGCUGGCCCGGGACCAGUGCAACCUGCGCCGGAAGCCCCAGGAACUGGACUUCUGCAUCUUGCGCCCCUGCUGAGUGGGACCCAUGGGUGCUGCCAGUGUCUGGCCAGCUGGAGCCAUGGGCAGAGGGCAGUGGCCAGGGGCCCACGCCGCGAUGUGACCACAUCCAGGGACAAGGAUCAUGGGUGGGAGUGAGCGGUUCGCUCCUACUCCCUGGCCUGGGCGGGGAGCUAAGUAACUAACACAGUCUACCUCACACCAGGCUCCUCCCGGGCCCAGUCUUGGGACGGGCUGAGAGGUGCGGGUGCUGGGCAAGAGGUGCUGGGGCCCAGCUUCCAAGUGACCCGGAGGAUGGGCACCCCCAGGCAGAACUUCAGGGACCUUGGCCCGCAUCAGGGAGGCCACAGGCUGCCGGAAGAGCCGUGGCCCAGCAGCUUGGCACCCUUGGGGGGCCCUAGGAGCUCUGAGCCGUCUCUGAACAAGGUGCUUUAGCCCACUUUCCUUUUCUGACAUGGACUGAACAAUGACGAUGGGCUGGGGGUGCAGGCGCUGGGGGAGCGUGGGGUGAGGCGUGCCUGCAGCCUGCAGGGCUCUUCUCGGAAAGAGCUGGAUGUAUAAGGCAGUCCUGAGCUUCUCCGCUUCCUCCUCCUCUGGGCCCCUCUUUAAAGAGACACCUCUUCUCCCUGUGUCAUUCAGGCCGCCAGACAAGCGAGGUGUGUGUGUGUGCUUUCACAGAGGUGUCUUCUGAGGCUCUGCAGGAAGGGAAAGGAAUCCGUAGGGAGCCCACUGUUUUCUUCAAGAGGGAUCCGACCAUUAAAAAUUCUGAGACUUAUAAGGGGAGAUGGAUUCUGUAGCUGAAGCAGGGAGGUUGGGGAGAGAUCUAGAGGGCUCUGCUGUCAUGGCUGGGUCCGAGCUUGGGGGGAAUGUCACCCUAGGAUGGGGAAGACGAGGCCCAGUUCUGAUGCCUCUUCCUCCAGGAAGGCAGGUGUAAAUCAGGCUGAUGCCCGCGCUCUGCAUUGCCUCAGAGAACCUUCACAGUUGUCAGGGGAUUUGCCCAGGAGGGCUGGGCGCUGAAAAUGCGCAUGCCUGCAGGUUGGUCUUCAUCCGGCCAGCUCCAUGCAGUCUGGCCUGGGCAUGUCACGCUGCAUCCCAGGCCGUGGUUUCUGCAGUUGGAAAACGGGGUUCACUAUUUGCUACCUCAGGCUGUGCUCUCUGGGAACCUACCCUGGUGCUUCCAGAAGACCUGGCUGUCAUCCUCGGUAGACUGAGCUGCCCAGGCACAAAGAUAGGCCUGGGUGCAUGGCUUUCUGCUCUCUACAGUCUGGCUACUCACUGCGGCUCCAAACACACAGAUGGGGUCUCUUUCUUCAGGUGCCCCGGCAGCAGGUUUCAGGAGAACCAAAAAUCAGUCACCUGACCCAGGGGCCUUGCGAACCGCCAGUGGGAACUGCUGGAGACCUGUCUAUCUGGGAGACAUGUUAGGGGAGUGGAAACCAGGGCAUUUCUAGAGCUCCAAGUGGGAAGAUGUUUUGGGCUUAGAUCCCUUGGCCAAGUAGGGUAUUUCUUGAGAGUUCAGCUGCCUCAGUAUGUACAUGGAAGAUUCUGCUUCUGAGUGUAGGCAAUGAGUCCUGGACUUCUGUGAGGUGAUAUCAGGGCAAGUGUCUUUUAUUUGGUUUCCCCUAAUAGUCAGAAUCCACAAACAGCCAGCCAGCCAGACAGGCCUCUGGGAUGGUGUUCUCUUUCCAGUCUGACCCUGGGCUUAGGCCUUGAGCAGAGCUCCUGCAGGGGGCGUGCAGGUCUGGGGGCCAGGGCUGCAGUCUGGGGAGGCAAGGGACCAGAGUGAGGAGGACUCCUCCCCAUGCAGGAGUGAGCACUUGCCGGGCUGCAAGGCUAAGAGGAGCCCAGGGUGCCAGGCCCGAUGCAGACCCCACUAGCCGACGACAGCACUGUGCCCUGUGCCUGGUGCCCCCAUCCUCGGCGAGGAGAGGGUGGCAUGGGGCUGUGUGGAAUGGGCAGGGGAUGGGGUGGGUGGGAAGGGGGCUUCCAUCAACAGGGUGCUUGGCCUCCAAGCAGAGCAGCUUUACAAAUCAUUUCAAGGAGGGACAACCAGUCUUGUUCCUGACACAAGCUGGGUCUCGAUGCUCUUUCCUGUCGUGAUGUUUUUCUUUUUCGUUUUUAAAAGAUGUAUGACCAAGACAACUUGGGAGGUUUGUCCUGUCUUUGACCAUUUCACUAAUCCGACCGUGCUCUCCAAGGCUGAGCACAGAUGAACCUCAAGGCACAGGUUUCUAGUGACGGAAUAAAAAGUGCCCAAUACUCACGUCCAGUGGAAGAAGAGGAACAUUCUGGAGGCUCCAGGAAGGUCUUCUGUGGGGUGUGGACCAGGAAGGACCUGGGUCAGGAGCCCUCCGCCUCCUCUGACAAUCAUGUGCACUGAUCGGAGGAGUCAAGCAUAUGGGCCUUGCCAGGCUGGCGGGAGGUGGGGGGGGCUGAGGGCAGGUAGAGAGACUUGCGUGCUUCCAGCCCGGAGUCGGCUCUGGAAGGCACGGGACACUGUCAUUACGGAGCCCCCUCCGCGUCUGGUUCUUUUGCAUUCCGUGUACUGCAGAAGGAUGGAAGGACCUGGGUACUGGCCGGGCUGUGUAUACUGUGUAUACGGGGGGGCUGGCUGCUGCGGGGACAACGGCCUACUCCUAAUAAAGUUGUAAGUAUUUAAAA